AUGAAAUUCUUCACAACCACUCUUCUCAUUGCUGGCGCCAGCGCUGCUGCCGUACCCCAGACUCAAGGCCAAGGCUGGAAUGACUGGGGUAGUAGCUCGGCCUGUGUUCCCGCCACGACCACCGCCUGGUCUACAGCUUGGUCGACGGCCUGGUCAACUGCAUGGUCAACCGCUUACUCAACCGCUUACUCAACUGUGACCAGUGUUUCCGUCUCAACUGCGGUUUCUACUGUGGUCUCAACCGUGGUCAAGCCAACCACCGUUCCAACGACCAUUUAUAGCACCGCGACCGUGCCCACCACUCUCUACAACACCAUUACAAACUUUGCCACUGUGACCUCAGUGUCUACCCUCGUCAAGACAGUGCCGACCACAAUUCCAACGACUGUCGUUAGCACUGUGACCGUCCCGACCACCUUGACAGUGCCGGUGACUGUGCCGGUGACGGUACCGACCACGGUGACCGUGCCGACCACUCUCUAUAACACCAUCACCAACUUUGCAACCGUCACUUCAGUCUCCACGGUUGUGAAGCCGACCACUAUUCCCACGACAAUUUAUGCGACAGUGACUUCUGUCUCGGUGUCGGUUAGCACAGCCGUUUCAACCGUUGUCAAGCCUGUCCCGACCACGAUUACAGUACCCACAACAGUGACGGUACCGACAACAGUGGCCGUACCCACAACAAUUCCUACAACAGUUUAUACUACUAUUACUCCCGCCGCGGAGACACAAGUGGUCACCGUGACGGCCACCGCUCCCUGCCAGCAGAGCAGCGGCUGGGGUGAUUGGAAAUCCAAGAAGUUCUAAAGCAGUCUCCCAAGGCUGCGAGGACUGAACUCUUUACAAUUCUGAUAUAAUGUUUGAAACGAGGCCAUUCAAUGUAACGACGCAUGAAACGAGGCCAUGACAUGAAAUUAUCUGCUGCAUAAUUUCUCAGCAUGAGCAGGGAGUUAUCAAUACGAAAAAGAAAAUGGAAAAGUAUACGUGUGAAGGGGGAACGAAAUCAUCUGGAUUAAGUUCAAUGUGCAGACGUCUUUCUCAAGGUUGAAGACACGACUAUGGCCGCGCUUCGGCCAAACAUUAUCCC